GUUUGAGAUCGGUGCAUUGCUUGGUUGACCCCUACUUGUGGAAAUGCUUGAUUCACUUAUUAGCCAUGACCCAAAGGUGUUGACUGAGAAGAAGCCUGAUGAGAUAAUUGCGAGUGGUGUUGUUGAAAGUCUGCAGAAUUUUCUGCGCAAGUGCAUCAUAGCUGUCCUCUCAUAUGGCCCAAUGCCUAAGCACAUCGCGUUUAUCAUGGACGGGAACCGCAGAUACGCCAAGUCCAGAAGUAUCAAGCAAGGCACCGGUCACAGCGUGGGCUUCGCUGCUCUAAUGGCAAGUCUUAUCUACUGUUACGAGAUGGGUGUCAAGUACAUCACGGUGUAUGCAUUCAGCAUCGACAAUUUCAAACGCGACCCUAGUGAAGUCAAGACCUUGAUGGAAUUAAUGGAGGAAAAGAUCAACGAGCUGUUGGAAAACAAGAACGUCAUCAACAAGGUUAACUGCAAGAUCAACUUCUGGGGGAACCUGGACAUGCUUCCUGAACCAGUGCGGCUGGCGGCCCAAAAGCUGAUGGCGAGCACCGCCGAGAACACAGGACUGAUCUUCUCCGUCUGCAUGCCGUACAACUCAACCUCAGAGAUCGCCAACGCCGUCACCGAGCUCUGCAAAGAACGGAGGGAUAUGAUGCAGGGGCAGCAGGCCAGCGGCCGCAACGGCCGCCCUGCAAAUGGCGGCGCAUGUUCGGAUAUCUCGGUGUCCGACCUGGAUUGCCACAUGUACACCGCCGGCUGCCCAGACCCGGACAUUGUGAUCCGGACCUCGGGCGAGACCCGGCUGAGCAACUUCCUCCUGUGGCAGACGACGUUUAGCCAUCUGCAGAACCCAGACCCCCUCUGGCCUGAGUUCUCCUGGAGGCACCUCGUCUGGGCGAUACUGCAGUACCAGAGAGCCUACCCGUACAUUGAGCAGAACAAAGAUCUGGCUAAGAAGCAGCUGUGAGUGAGGGAUCUCAUCUCCUUCGGAAGGAGAUAUAUGCAGAUGUUAAUCAAGAAGAUACAAUAAUAACAGAACAGGCCUGGCAUUGAAGCGUCAGUCUGUGAAUAAGGGAUCUGAUCUCCUUUGGGAGGGGAUAAGCAGAUGCCAUGAAAAAGAUAGUACAGCAACCUGUUGAAAGUUGGCCUAAUAUUUUUCGUGUAUGAGAAGAGUGUAAUUAUGGAAACCAUGUGUAUUAUGAUGUACUAGUACAAUUCUUCGUUUUUGCUGUUGUGUUAAACGUCAGCAAUAUCUUGCCACCUAGGCUGAACACGGGAGCCAAGUCGAGAAAAUUGUAAAGCUUUUAAUGGUACCUGCCAUGGUGCCAAGCUUA